AAAAAAAAACACAGAAGAAUUUUAGAGACACGAAAGAGAGCGAGCUCCGUUAGAUUAUAUAAAUUGACAAAUUGAUUAAAUUCUCAUUUGAUAAAAACUCAUCUCUGAGAUUUUUGUUUUCUUUUUUUCACCGCUUCAGAUCACAGAGGGAGGGGAAAAAAAAGAAAAGGGAAGAAAACAAUUUAUGAACUGAUUGCUAAUUUAUCAAUUACUAUAAAAAAUGGAACGAGAAUUCUAAUCGGAUCGUGUGUUUUUAAGUUUUUCUGUAUCUGCACUUUGAAUUCGUGCAUUUUUGGUUGGUCGGUGUUGUCGUCACAGAAAGCUAGAAACUCUUAUUUUUUUGCAAAUUGAAGAAGAAAGAGAGAGGGGAGAGGUUUUUGGUGGCUUCAAAACGGCGUCGUUUAAAGGCACUUUACGCUUUGAUUGCCGCAACGCCAAUGGCUGAACGCCCCGGACUCUUUUGCAAUGUGUUUGGAAGCAAGACGCUUGUGAUUAUCUGAAUCCAUUCCUAUUUAGGGUACUACAAGAAUUGGGGGAAAAAAAAGUCUGUCAAACAUUCUAUGAUCCAGAACGCUGAUAUGGAACUUGAAUCAGGGACUUGUAAUAUUUGCUCAGCUCCUUGUUCAUCUUGCAUGCAUCUUAAUCGAGCUCUAACUGGAACAAAGGCUGAAGAAUGCUCUGAUGAAAAUUGUCGAUCAGGGGAACCCAGUCAGUUUUCUAUGGAUGUGAGUGAUCUAUCUUCUCAUAGGAGUACAGCUUGUGAAAGAUUGAAGCAUGCUGUCAGUGAAACCAGUAACUUGCUUAGUGUUAAUUCUGGUCAUGAAUCUCUGUCUGAAAAUGCUGAAACCACACAAACUUUAUCAGAGAAGUAUCACGAUGCCAAGUGUUUAGAAGGACCUGAUGACAGCUCUUCGUGUAUCAGUAGAAACAGUAAUGCUAAUUUAGUUAGUGAUAGCCAUCAAAGACAUGCAGACAAAAUAAAUAUUUCUUGUAGUUCAUCCUCAGUUAGUCACUUAGGAGUAGAAGGAUCUACAAGUGGGCCAUCUGUUUAUAUAUCAGGCUUGUGUGAGAUACCCUCUUCUAAAGAUGCAGAUAUGCCAGAGAAUUCAUCAGAAUGCUGUGUUGGAAAUGUUGAGUCAUCGCCAACCAAGGAGAUAAUCACUGCUAAUUUUUCAGGUGAAAAAUUUCUUGCAAAUAACAAAGGGCUUGUUAAUGGCACUACUAGCAAGUUUUCGGCAAAAGUAUAUCCAAAGUCAGAAGCAGAUAGUGACAAUGGUGUUGGUGAUGUGAAAGACGAAGAUCGUAAAGUUCCAGCCCAUGAUGGACUGCACGAGAAGCAGGGGGAGCUUGUUAAAUCACCCGUCAAGCCCGAAGCUCAAUCUGGAGAUGUGAGCGAUGACUCAGAUGUUGAGCAUGAUGUAAAGGUAUGUGACAUCUGUGGAGAUGCUGGUCGCGAGGAGCUACUUGCAAUAUGUAGUAGAUGCAGUGAUGGUGCAGAGCACACCUAUUGCAUGCGAGAAAUGCUCGAAAAGGUCCCAGAAGGUGACUGGUUAUGUGAAGAAUGCAAGUAUGCUGAGGAGACUGAAAAACAUCGGCUGGAUGUUGAAGAGAAAAAGGUCCAUAAAGUUUGUUCAACUGCGCAAAUAUCUGGUAAAAGGCCUUCCGAGGGUGAAGAAUUGGCAAAGGCAGGGAAAAGGCAAGCUCUUGAAUCAAGUAAAGGGUCACCAAAGGGGUCAAGCCCCAAGAAAAUAUUUCCACUGUCGCGAGAGUCUUCGUUCAAGAGCAUUGAUAAAGGAAAGUUGAAGUCUGAUCAUCAGACCUCCAUUUGUAACCACUCCAAUGGCAAUGACAUAGAACUUGCUCGUUCUCUAUCUGCUGGUCCUCGGAGUCAAACAGCUAAGAGUACAUUGUUAAAGUCAAAUUCAUUCAACAACAUCAAUUCCAAGCCCAGAGUCAAACUUGUUGAUGAAGUCCCGCAAAAGAAGAAAGGGGCUGGUGAACAUACCUCUAAGAAUAUUGAAAUGCCGGGACGAAUGAUAAGCAAAUCUAGUUCAUUGAAAUCCUCAAAUUUGGGCCAUUCAUGUGCCACUGAAUCAAAAGUCAAAAUGGUUACUUCCAAACCUGGAACUACUGCAGAUCAAAAAGGAUCAAAACUAGCAAAAGAAUCAGGUGCCUCUGAUAGGAAAUUUUUCUCUAGGGUUGAUCGGCCUGUUGUUUGUUCAACCAUGGCUAGUUCUGCUCUUCUGACAUCUAAGAGUGAUCAGAAGCUUACCCCUCGUAGCGAAACUGCUAAACCUUCAACAAUUAACAACAAUCACGAAUUUAAGGUCAACCAAGAUGGGAGAUCAAAUUCAUUAUUGAAGUCUAAGAAUAAUACAAGCCAGAGAACAUCAACCAGUGGUGAUGAAACUCAAUUAGAUGGGCUGCCUCAAUCAAGAGAGAUAACAAAUCAGGUUGAUAAAACCAAAGGUAGUUCUGGUGAUUGUGUGAGGUCUGGUCUUACUAAUGCUUCUGAAAGCCCAUUCUGUCACAAAUGUAAGGAUUUAGGCCAUGCUACAGAAUGUUGCAUGGUUGAUAAACAGGAAUUUGGCCUGGAAGGAUCAGCCACUGGCCCAAACAGUUCAAAAGACAAAACACAUAAAGAUAAUAGACUGAAAGCUGCAAUCCAGGCAGCUUUACUUAGAAGGCCCAAAAUAUGCAAGAGGAAAGAAGUGCCUGACCAAACUGAGAAGUUUCUUACAUCAGCCAUAGACAUGAAGUCCGAAGUCACUUCUCAAGAUAAGGCGUUUGUUAUUGACACUCCAAAGAAUAUUGUUUCUACUGAAGAAACAAAAGUGAGGCAGGAUAUCCUUCAGAAUCCUACAUUUGAAACUUCGUCUUCCAAUGAUUCGAAGCAACAUAGCUUUUGUCCAGCUGAUUUUGGAUCACAACCUAGAAAGUUAGAAUCUGUUGGUCCUACUCCUGGAAAUCCUGUAGUUAGAGACUUUCGCAAUCAAGCUUUGGCUGUCUCAAGUGUUCUUCCAAAGAUAUCAGUCUUUCCAGAAUAUGAAUACAUUUGGCAAGGUGUCUUUCGAAUGCAUAGAAGCGGAAAGCCGCCUGACUUAUGUACUGGUAUUCAAGCGCAUUUAUCCACAUAUGCUUCCCCUAAGGUUCUUGAGGUAGUGAACAAGAUUCUUCCUGAGGUUUCCCUCAAUGAAGUUUCUCGCUUGAGCACGUGGCCUACACAAUUUCAUCAAGGCGGGGCAAAGGAAGAUAAUAUUGCACUUUACUUUUUUGCUAAAGACAUUGAAAGUUACGAGAGACACUACAAGGGUCUACUGGAUCACAUGAUUAGAAAUGAUUUAGCGCUUAAAGGAAUUUUUGAUGGUGUUGAACUUCUUAUAUUCCCCUCCAAUCAGCUUCCUGAAAAUUCUCAGCGUUGGAAUAUGUUGUUUUACUUAUGGGGUGUAUUUAGAGGGCAGAGGAGGAAUAAUUCUGAUUCUGCAAAAAAGAUUUGUAGUCCCAGUUUGAAUGCGUUGCCAGUUCAGAAGGGUUCUCUGACUGCUGUGAUGACUUUGUCUGAAACCCACUGUUCACCAAUGCGGAUGGAUGAACAACCAAUUGCUUGUGGUAAAACCUGCAGUGAAGUUCUCUCAUCCACUUCCAUGGACCAAGGCGAUACUAUUUUAAGUGGGGAUUUUGAUAUUAAAGAAACUAUUUUUGACCAGGCACGUUUGGGUCCACAAGUAAACUUACGGAGGCAAGAUAGUAGAAUCAACGCGGAAUCUGCAUCAAAGAAUCCGACAAGCAGUGAACAAUUGUGCCAACAAAUGCACUCUCCAGGUUCACCUCCGAUGGACAGCACAGAAUCCCCACACCUCCUGAAGCAAUGGGAACGCAUGUGAGUAGCAGGAUUUUGGAAACAAAAAUUGAUUUUGAUAUUUCAGUCAAGGAGAACUCUCUGUCUUCUGGGAUUCCUUCUGCUGGCAAACAAGAGAUAGAUGCUGCAAGCAAUACCUCAAAGAAUCAAAUUUCAGAAAGAA